AUGUUUGGUGACCAAGCCCAAAAAGAGGCAAAAAAGCAGACGAAGAAGAUGUACAAAAUGUUUUACGAUUCUUUCGACGCCGAGUAUACCAAAAUCCAAUGCAUCAGUUUUGUGAAACCGGAUAUCACGCCGUUACACGCGUUUUCAAGUGGGGAAUAUGACCCGAUAUAUCCGAUCAUAUCAUCAGCACAACACUACGCAUUCACUUCAUUUAGCACUUACCCUAUUGUGAAUGGUAAAAAAAUAGGAAACCCAAUAGCAGAUUUUUAUGAAAUGUUAUUAUAUAACAAUACUAUAAUACAUUGUAUGUGCGACGGAUGCGGUAUCGGUUCCGCACCAAAGAAAGCGGCGUGGAGCGCAGGUCAAACAGCCGUUAGCAGUUUGGCUAGAGACAUUCGAACGUGUUCAAAUAUCAAGGAAAUGGCUGACGCAAUGAUCCGGGCGGUGGCUGACGCACACGAGAGUAUCUUCACUGCCGCCGAAUUGAACAACGAAACAGUGUUAAUCGGUUCAACAACUAUUUUAAUACAAGUCGUUCUUCAACUCGAAGCCGCAGAGAAGAGAUACGCCGCACUCACUCUUAAUAUCGGUGAUAGUCGAGCCUAUCUCCACAAUACCUCCUCAACAAAAUCGUUUUUCAACUUCGAAGCAAGAAAGUGUAUGGAAGACUUGGCAAAUAGUCAAGGCCGUAUUGGCAAUUUCACAAAUAAUCAGCCCGACCUUCGCAAUGUGACGUUAAUGUACACCGAAGUUCAAGACGGUGAUGUCAUAAUGACGUGUACUGAUGGGAUCAAUGACAACUUCGACCCCGAAAUCAUCGGCGUGGAAAAGACUAUGGAUCAAAUGCAAAAACAACAGUUCAUCGAACAACAAAUCGGACAGUAUUUACAACACGCAUCUCUUGCGGAGGCAGUCGAGGCUAUCGGGGAGUAUAUCGUAAACGCUUCGUCGCAGGCAAGGGAGUCUAAGUCCCGUCCACAGACACCACAAUCACCGCCAAGUCUUCUUGUGUGCACAAAACCUGUCGGCAAAUUGGAUCAUUCAACUGUUGCUCUCGUCAGAGUCGAGCUGAGAAACCCUGACGACCUAUUCUUUAUCGAUUCAAACUACUUCCCCAACAUCUAG